ACACCAUACAGAAAUUUCCUGUAAACCACAAACAGAAAACUUGCCGGACAAUGCACAGUAACAGUACCAGUUCAACAAUGUCAAUAAAGGGAUUGUCGUCCUCGUCAACUCUAUCGACUGCAACAAUGGACAAUUGCCUGAAUUUAGAUUUUGCCCCAAUGGAUCCCAUACAUCAAUGGAAACGAAUGCCCGAAUGCGAUGAAUUCGUGGGCGCAAGACGAAGCAAACAUACCGUCGUUGCGUACAAGGAUGCCAUUUAUGUGUUCGGCGGAGACAACGGCAAAAAUAUGCUCAACGAUCUCAUUCGCUUCGAUGUCAAGGACAAAUCGUGGGGCCGAGCAUUUGCCACUGGUAAUCCACCGAUAGCACGGUAUCACCAUUCGGCCGUUGUGCAUGAAAAUUCGAUGUUCGUCUUCGGCGGCUACACGGGCGAUAUCCAUUCCAACUCCAACUUAGCCAACAAAAACGAUCUGUUCGAGUAUAAGUUCCAAACCGGCCAAUGGCUGGAAUGGAAGUUCAUCGGUAAGACGCCCGUACCACGAUCGGCACAUGGAGCUGCUGUCUACGAUAAUAAAUUGUGGAUAUAUGCGGGCUACGACGGGAAUGCACGAUUGAACGACAUGUGGACGAUGUCGUUGAAUGGCGACGUAAAACAAUGGGAAGAAAUCGAACAAAACGGAGACCGACCUCCAACCUGUUGCAAUUUUCCGAUCGCCGUGGCCAGGGACAGCAUGUAUGUGUUCUCCGGACAAAGUGGUUUGCAGAUAACGAACGCACUGUUCGAAUUCCACUUCAAAACCAAAACCUGGCGCCGCAUUACCAACGAACACAUUUUGAGAAUCACUCCAGAACGGCCAGCUCGUCGUUACGGACACACCAUGGUCACUCAUGAUCGGUUUCUCUAUGUUUUUGGUGGUUCGGCCGACAGUACAUUGCCAAAUGACUUGCACUGCUACGAUUUGGACUCGCAAGUGUGGUCGAACAUCAUACCGGAAAGUGAUUCACAAAUUCCAUCGGGUCGAGUUUUUCAUGCGGCCGCAGUCAUCGGUGAUUCGAUGUACGUUUUUGGCGGUACGGUGGACAAUAAUGUCCGCAGCGGAGACAUGUAUCGAUUCCAGUUUUCCAGCUAUCCGAGAUGCACACUGCACGAUGAUUUCGGUAAACUGUUGAAGGAGCGCCAGUUCUGUGACGUGCAGUUUCUCAUCGGACCGGAUGAGGUGAAAAUUCUGGCUCACAUUGCACUGAUUGCAGCGAGGUCACCGCAUUUGAAGGAGAAAAUUUUAAUCUCCCGAGCUGACCAGAACGAACAAUUAACCAAAUCGUUUGGAACCGCCGAGGUCUAUGAACGUCCCUUGCUAGAAGUGAAACUCCCAACCGCCGAACCAGAGGCAUUCGAAAUGAUCUUGAAUUACAUCUACACCGACAAAAUUGACUUCAGCACAACGCACAGCAAUCGGAUAGUCAUUCUAAUGAUGGACAUUUAUCAAUUGGCCGUGCAGUAUCUGAUUCCACGGCUGGAACAGGUGUGCAUUCAGUACUUGGAAUUUAAAAUUUCCAAACAAAAUGUCUUGGAUGCACUGUUCAACGCCGACAAAAUGAGUUUGAAUCUGAUCAAGGACUACUGUCUCGGCUUCAUCGUGAAGGAAGAGAAUUUCUACGAAAUUGUCAUGUCCAGCGAAUUCGUCAAUUUGGAGAAACCUCUGAUGGUCGAGAUCAUACGGAAGCGAUUGAAUCCCGGCAAGAAUAUGGAAAUAAAAUACGACAAAGCGGGAGGCACAACGUUGGAGAACGACAUGGCCAUAUUUUUGAAGACGAGCGGGGCUGAAUUCUGUGACAUUAAUCUGAUUUUGGAUGGUCAUGCCAUACCAGCACACAAAUCGAUACUGUCGGCACGAUGUACUUACUUCCAGGCGAUGUUCAGGUCAUUUAUGCCACCCGACAAUACGGUGAAUAUUCAAAUCGGCGACAUAUCACCGUCACUGGAAUCAUUCCAUUCGUUGCUCAGAUACAUCUACUACGGCGACAAGAAAAUGCCACCGGAGAAUUCGCUCUAUUUAUUCCAAGCGUCCAGUUUCUAUGGCUUCACCAAUAAUCGGCUGCAAGCGUUCUGCAAACACAAUUUGGAGCACAACAUCCAUUUCGAGAAUGUGCUGCAAAUACUGGAAGCAUCCGAUAAGAUGAACAUACCGGAAAUCAAAGCCUACGCUCUACGAAUGAUUGUCCAUGAUUUUUCUCAGGUCGCCCGUCUGCCGAAGAUGAAAACACUUCAUCGCAACUUGUUGCUGGAAGUGAUCCAGGCGAUGGCCGAAAUACUGGGAGAGAUACGAUUCAACCAUGACUUUACAACGAACAGCAUUCGCAGCGAUUUAUGAAGUCUGGACUUAGCUGUCAGCCGGCACUGGUUUGGAGCGAAUUAUUGAAAAUGAUUGCGAACCGCAAAAUUGAAAUUGAUUUUAAAUGUUGUUCGUCGUGUUCACAAAGUAUUACAGAAAUAAAAAAUUGUUUAAAU